GUUCUCUGUGAGAAUCAGAAUGCGUAGCUCUGUCCAACAGCGAGUUCAAGAAUAGCUUGGCAUACCUGUCCUCUACAAAUUAAAAUACUUUCCUGCAUUUCUUCUUGCAUUUCUUCUACUGAAUUAUAGGAAACAAGAGACACCUUGUCCAUUCGCUGAGCGAGUCUACUUCCAGUUCCACCAUCAAGGAUAUCCACCACCACCAAAGAAAAAUGAGAGUGUCUGUCCUUGGUUCUCUUGCCGCCCUGUUGGUGGCUCCCGCCUCUGCUGCGUUUUCGCUAAAAAAGGACUCUUCGAAGAGGAAGUACAGCGUGACGACCAAAGUUUCGAUUUUAUGGCAUCGGGAGGGAAUCGUCAUAUUUGCAAGGCAAUAUUGACUUCAAGUAGAACUUCUAGUCAACAAGCUACAAGCUCAAUUAGAACUAGUCAGCAAUACAACCUUCAACAAACUAGAAGACUGAGUUGUUCAUCUUCCACUGAUUCGAUUGUGAUUGUGUACAUAGAAUAAACAGGCAAAUCACGACGACUUAUAAGUGAAGAUUAUGGCCUCCAUACGGCCUACGCAAGUCAACCCCAUCAAGACGAUUUCGAACAAUUAUCACCCAAUUACACGAUCAAGCUAUCAACCCCGAAUCCCCCUUCUAAACCCAGACGGAGAAAUCAUCGGAGAAGGAGAUGGCUUGAACAACGCUGUGAACCAGUGUGUUUCGGACACCAGUGACAAAUUCUCAGAAGUCGAGGUGUGCGGAUGUGAGGUGAAGGUGUCUGCGCACCUAAUGACACGAUGCUCGGAAUAUGCGACGUAUUCAGAGGAAGUGGGAACAUGCGAUUGCAGUACUUUUUAGUAAAUUUUUGGUAUUCAGAGGGAGUUGGAACAUGCGAUUGCAGUAGUAUACUGGUGAUAUUAGACUGUCACUUGAGAGAGACGAGGGAUUAAAUUCUACUGAAACUUGAUUCAUGCAACUGCAUACGAGAAAAAUUGUUGUUCAUGCUUAACUUGUUGCACACUAUCUAUCAUGUGUCUUGAUGUUACUACAAACAAUAUAACCUGAGACGUUCUUCAUCAAGAACAGUCGAAUCAAAAAUCUCAAUCCACCCACAGGCGUCGAGGGUUGCGUUAAGAAGAAGCUCGUGCACGGACGCGAUAACCAUGAAAUGAAGGCGAUGUCCUACCAGAUUAUCCCGUGCUAA